AGAAAAACGUAGUAUUUAUUUAUUUAUUUAUUUAUUUUUGUUCAUUUUCCACCAUUCUCCCUCUCUCUUGUAUUCUCUAUCCAAGAACGCACACGAGGAGGAGAGAGAUACACUUCACAGUUUACAUACACUCUUUAGUGGGUAGGCUCUGUUCACUUUUCUUCCAUGUCUGAGAGUAGAAGCAAGGAACUGAAAAGACAUGGCAAGAAAGGGGCGAAUAGAGGAGAAACUGAAGAUGGGCCUUCAAAUUUUCCUUUGGCUUCUACUCCGGGUGAUGAUUUUCAUGAUGAAGGUGUUGACACAGGAGGAAGGGUACGCAAAAGGAAAAAUAUUGGAGAAGAAAUGGAAUUGCAGGAUCCAUUUGUGGCUUUUGGUUCGGAAAUAAUGGUGAUGAUACUGAAACAACUUGACGCACGCAGCGUGGCACGAUCUCGCCUGAUCUCUCGUGGAUGGCAUAGCAUAGCUUCAAGUGAUGAAAUUUGGUCCCGCAAGAUGAGUGCGAGUAUACCAAAACAAGUUUUGAAGAAAAAAGAGGAGAACAGAGUUCAUUACCCGGCAAUUCCAUCCAUCCAGCUGGAUUCUUGGAUGUGAACAUUGUCACUACGAUCGCACCUUCUAGGAGACCCUUUGGUGGUGGUGCAUGUGGCGUGCGGUGAUCUGCUGGCGGCGCACGUGGGCGCAUGAAGGGUUGUGGACUCUUCCUUGACUGCUGUUCUUCAUUCUGCAUAUGAUGGAGUCUUUUUUAACACUGAUAGGUUGGAAAACGUAAGCACUACAGAUGAAAAAUUAAUUUUGCGUCUCUCCGAUAAUAAUGAACACUCAGAUUUGUUUGCUUGGUAUGAAAUUUCUAACCCUAAACAAACUUCUUUUGCUUUUCUGAUGAUAGCUAUCUUGUUGACAGCAAACUGUUUUUCCUGAGUUUUAUUUGAUGUUAGCUAUCUCGCCUAUAGCAAACUGUUUUUGAUAAGCUUUAUGUGUUGAUAGCUAUCUUGCCGAGAGCAAACUCCCUAAACUUUUAUUGCUUAUAUGAUGAUAGCUAUCUUGUUGAUAGCAAACUGUUUUAUUCAUUGUAUUAUUUAUUUAUUUUUAAAGAUAGCUAUCUUGCCGAUAGCAAACUGUUUUUGUUGGGUUUAUGAUAUGUUGAUAGCGAUCUUU